UAUAUAUAUAGACACACACACGCGUGUGUUUAUAAACAUUUAACGGAUUCAUAUUCGCUUUCAAAUUUUAUUUGAGGUAUUCUCAUGUUCAGGUUCUUGAGUUUCACAAAAAGUUUCUUAAUUUCUUAUUGUUGAUCUAAUUAUGUUGAAUCUUUGAGUUAUUUGUGUUAGCAUGAUUUCCAAAUUUCCUUCAAUUUUUGAGGCAAAUUGAAUGAAAUUUUGAAGUGCUAGAGUUGUUGGAAAAUUUCCAGAACUUCAUCAAAUUCAUCUUCUGCAUUUUGUUGGAAAAGACAGUCAUAUUUUAUUUUGUGUUAUUUUAUUAACACUUACUCAAAUAUGAAAAUUCAAAAACCAAAACAACUUAAAAAAUUUAUAGGGAUUUAAAUUUGGAAUUAUUUUGGUGGUCCACGGCGGUCGUCGGAGGUUGAAACUAGUUUAGGUAUAGGUACAAAAUUGUUACACGUCAGUCUUUCAUGUGUUUUAGUUAUGAAUAUUUUAGUGGAUAUCAUUAGUCCACUCGAUGUAUUUUCUAUGGAUAUGACUCAUAUUGCAAAUAUAUAUGUGUGAAGAGAAUAAUCCAAAUCUUUGUAUAAAAAGAGAAAAUAAUACAAAUCUAUUCUCUCUCCAAUUCAUUUCCAAAAAAAAAAAGCUAUAAUAGAAACUAAAAAAAAAACAUAAAACUUAAAAAAUUAUACAUUUAUGUAUCUUUUCUAACAAAUAACAAAAACUUUAGCUGCUCUUUCUCCUCUUCUAACCCUCAACCGCCACAAACUUUAGCUAGGGUCAAGGAUUUUGAUUUGCUACUGUAGUAAUAUCACGAAAUUACACGUUGUAAUUAAUCUUGGUCGUUGAUUUAAGAUCGGACGAUGCACAUUAUAUAUGUAUUAAAACAAUCACAACCAUUCAUUCAUAUGAGACGGUUGAGGCUUUAACUGUGUUGUUGUAGUUAUAGGGAUCUGUUUCUCAAUUUAUGCCUAGAAUCACCGCUCCAAAUUGUUUUGUCUUGUAGUGCGAUAGUGAGUUUGUUCGCAAAUAAAUCCUAUUUGUUUUUUUAGCGAUUUUAAAUUUGUAUUGCAUCGACGUACUCUAUCGUCAAUUUAAUUUUUUGGAUCUUAUAAAUAUCACAACUUUCUUUUUUUGAACAAAACUAUGUAACUUUCACUUUUAGGCUUUAUAAAAAAUUUCAACAAAUUUUAAUUUCUCAAAUAUUUUUUAUAUGGUGGCUGUAACCAAUUUCUCUUGAUUAAUAAUAUCUUUUGAUUAAAAAAAAAGACAGAAGAUCUAUAAAAAAAUAAAAAUAAAAACUAAACACAGAAGAUUGUGACAAAAAAUAUUUGGACUAAAACUUAUUAAAAUUUCUCAUGGAAUUAAAAACAAAAUUGGUGAUCUUUAUAGAUACCAAAAUUUUACUUAACCGAAAACUAUAUAAAUCACAUCUUCCUUCAUCCCCAAGUUUGACGUAUUAGGGUUACGUUACUUCACAACUACCAGCAUAGGCAUAUGUUCCUCUCCAAUGAUGAAUACGCCUCCAGAUGUGUUCCUCUCCAAUGACCUUCUCGCCCAAAUCUUAUCAUUCCUCACUGUCAAAUCUCUCACUCGACUGCGAUGUGUGUGCAAAAAUUGGUACUCCUUAAUCUCCGAACCCUCUUUCAUCAAAUUACACCUUCACCAAUCCAAAAGAAACAACCCUCACACUACACUUUUGCUCCAAUUUGGUUCCAAGGACAUCUUUUCCGUUGUUAUUCACUUCCCCUUAACUCGUUUAUUCAAGAAUCCAUCCAUAACAAUUACUCACGAUUCUAAUCACUUGUCCACGAAGAAUGACUGUAACAAUUUUGUUGGUUCCUGCAAUGGAUUGCUUUGUUUUCGCAGUAAUCCUUCCUACAAUAUAGGAGAUAUCUUACUCCGAUUUGAGAACCCUGCAACAAAGUUAUCUAACAAAAUUAGGGUUUAUGACUGUAAUUAUAGAAAGCGUAGUCGUGUGGAUUUUGUGUUCAAUCAAGUUAGAAUUUAUAAAUAUUCCUUCGGUUAUGUUAAUUCAAAUGACACUUAUAAGGUUGUGGCGUCUUGUCUACGGGGAAAAGGGAAAGGAACCGAGGUGAAAGUUUUUAGUUUAGGUGAUAAUGUAUGGAGAUAUAUUCAAGAUUUUCCCGUGGAUCCUUUGCGCAUUCGUUUUCCAUUUGUGAAUGAUGGUGUCUAUGUUAGUGGCACGAUUAAUUGGCUGGCAAUUCGAAAUAAUGAAGUUUAUGAUUGGAAAUCUAUUACUAUUGACCAAUUUGUUAUCAUAUCUCUUGAUUUAGGGAAAGAGACAUACCGCCAGUUGUUACCUCCUCGAGGUUUUGAUAUAGUGCCACAUGUGGAGCCGUCUGUUUCUGUGUUGAUGGAUCGCCUAUGUUUUUCUCAUAAUGUUAACGGAAAAUAUUUUGUUAUAUGGCAGAUGAAAGAAUUUGGAGUUGAAGAGUCAUGGACUCCAUUACUUAAAAUUGGUUAUUCGAGUCUUCGUGGUCUGACCAUUGCUAUGUUUCUUUUGUGUGUCAGGUUAUCUUCAAUUAGAACAGAGCUUCAUGCCAUUGAGGAAAUUACGUAA